AUGUCGGACACGACCCUCCAAAGCGACGCGUUGCUGGGCCCCAGCGCGGCGGCGCUGUCUUGGUUGGGUCUCUGGAGACCUCCUGGUGGCCGCGAGCCGGGCUUCCGGCUGCUGGGAGCCGCCUUCGUCACCGCCGUCAACAUCGCCAUAAGCUUCAACUCGGGCUUGCAGAUGUUCGUCGACACACCGGAGGACCCUGCAGCCUUCCGCGAGGUCUUCUUCCUCUGCUCCUGCUGCUUCUCUUGGACCGUUAGGGUGGUGACGUUCAUGCUGCACCGGAAGCGACUGCAGCGGAUGGUUCUGAGUCUGCUGGACGCCAGGGAGCGGUUCCCCGACUAUGGAACAGGCGUCCGCGAGAAGUACAGCAGGACCGCCGACAGAGUGUGGAAACUCUGGCUGGGGGUGACUGUGACGGUGGUGCUGUGGAUGGCAGAUCCACUCAUACGGGUCCUCACGUCGCCACCAGGGGAGAACGGCACCAGGCCGCUCAUCUUCUGGCUUCCCGUAGACGUGCAACACUCGCCCGCGUACGAAAUCACCUACGCCAUCCAGGCUGUUGGCAUAGGAGCUAUCGGACAGACGAGCAUCUUGAUGGAUAUAUUCAUCGUCGUUCUCUUAAUUCACGCAGCAUCCGAACUAGCUGUUCUGAACGAGAACGUCGAAGUAAUGGGGCUUUCGAAGCUGCGUGGGCGGGCAAAUAAAGAAGAGCGAGACAUGAGAGUACAGCCUCUGGAAAACUGCACUGAUGAACUGCACAGAUCACAAACAAACUAUGUGUUCAGCGGAUAUUUGGUUGCACCAGAGGUAGAUGCAGAUAGUCAGGGGGAUCUGUUCUUUCUGAACAGAGACCACAAGGGUUGGAAACUGUACAACUCUUUAGUGAACAACAUACGACAUCAUCAACUUAUUAUAGAGUACGUCAAAGAUCUGGAAGUGGUGACGAGCACAUCUCUUUACCUCCUGCUGCUUGCGAAUGCGCUGAAUGUUUGUUUGCAUUCUUUUGGAUUCGUAGCGUUGUUUCAGGAGGGAGCUACAGGCUCGACCGUAAUUAAAGAAGUGCUCUCGUUCCCAUCCUUCCUCGGUCAGACGGCGCUGUACUGCUUCUUCGGACAGUUAGUAAUCGACCAGGCGGAUCGGCUGCAGUUCUCUGGCUUCAGCUGUGACUGGCCGCAGGCAGACGAGACGUUUCGGAGGUCGCUGCGCAUCUUCAUGCUGCAGGCCGCGCGACCGCUCAGCGUCAGGGUCGGAAAACUCGUCACGCUCUCCAGGAACUCAUUCCUGCAGGCACUAAAUGCUUCAUACACAAUAUUCAGCAUGCUGUUCAAUCUAGAGAAACGAAAGUAA